AUGCCUUGCCCACCCCAGAGCUCAGAUGAGCUGGUGUUCUUUGUGAACGGGAAGAAGGUGAUGGAGAAGAAUGUGGACCCGGAAGUCACUCUGCUGGCCUUCCUGAGAAAGAACUUACGCCUCACAGGAACCAAGUAUGCCUGCGGAACUGGAGGCUGUGGGGCUUGCACUGUGAUGGUGUCUAAGCAUGACCCGGUGUCCAAGAAGACAAGACACUUCUCUGUCAUGGCAUGCCUGGUGCCCCUGUGCUCCCUGCACGGGACUGCUGUCACCACUGUGGAAGGUGUAGGAAGCAUCAAAACCAGGCUGCACCCCGUGCAGGAGAGAAUUGCCAAGAGCCACGGUACCCAGUGUGGAUUCUGCACGCCCGGGAUGGUAAUGUCCAUGUACACACUGCUCAGGAACCACCCACAGCCCUCAGAGGAACAACUCAUGGAAGCCCUGGGGGGUAACCUCUGCCGCUGCACUGGGUAUCGGCCAAUUCUGGAGAGUGGCAGGACCUUCUGUAUGGAGCGAAGUGAUUGUCAGCAGAAAGGAACAGGAAAAUGCUGCUUGGAUCAGAAGGAAGACGGUUCACUUGGAGUCAAAAGUGAUAUAUGCACAGAGCUAUUUUCAAAAGAAGAGUUCCAGCCCUUGGACCCGACCCAGGAGCUCAUAUUUCCCCCAGAACUCCUGAGGAUGGCUGAGAACCCAGAAAAACAAACCUUGACCUUUUACGGAGAAAGAAUUACCUGGAUCUCCCCAGGAACCCUCCAAGAUCUCUUGGCACUGAAGGCAAAAUACCCUGAAGCCCCUCUCGUUUCAGGCAACACAUCUCUGGGACCAGCCAUGAGAUCUCAAGGACACUUUUACCCAGUUCUCCUCUCUCUUGCUGCAGUUCCCGAUCUUAGAAUGGUGACUAAAAGCAGUGAUGGACUGACCAUUGGUGCUUGCUGCAGCCUGGCUCAGGUGAAGGACAUCUUGGCUGAGAGUAUCUCUGAGCUCCCAGAGGAGAAGACUCAGACCUACCGAGCUCUCCUGAAACACCUUCGGAGCCUGGCAGGACAGCAGAUCCGGAACAUGGCGUCCUUAGGUGGACAUGUUCUCAGCCGGCAUCGCUACUCUGACCUGAAUCCUAUUCUCUCUGUGGGCAAUGCCAUCCUCAACCUGCUGUCAGAAGAAGGCAUGCGGCAGAUUGCCCUCGAUGGACAUUUUCUUGCUGGGUUGGCAAGCGCAGACCUGAAGCCAGGGGAGAUUUUAGGAUCUGUAUACAUCCCUCACUCUCAAAAGUGGGAGUUUGUGUCCGCCUUCCGGCAGGCCCAGUGCCAUCAGAACGCUUUGCCUGAUGUGAAUGCGGGCAUGAGAGUCCUGUUCAGGGAGGGCACAGACAUCAUUGAAGACCUGAGCAUCGCCUACGGAGGGGUGGGGCCCACCACCAUCAGUGCUCACAGAUCCUGCCAGCAGCUUGUCGGCAGGCACUGGAAUGCACUCAUGCUGGACGAGGCUUGCAGGAGGCUUCUGGAUGAAGUCUCCCUCCCGGGCUCAGCUCUGGGGGGUAAAGUGGAGUACAAGAGGACUCUGAUGGUCAGCUUCCUCUUCAAGUUCUACCUGGAGGUUCUGCAGGAACUGAAGAGAAAAGUAAAGCUGUCCUCAGAGUCUACUGACAGCCAGCAUUAUCCAGUGAUUGCAGACCGGUUCCUGAGCGCUCUGGAAGAUUUCCAGGUCACACUACCCCAGGGAGUCCAAACAUACCAGAGAGUGGAUCCUCAUCAGCCUCUCCAAGAUCCAGUUGGACGUCCCAUCAUGCAUCUGUCAGGUCUUAAACAUGCCACAGGGGAAGCCAUAUUUUGUGAUGACAUCCCCAGGGUGGAUAAAGAACUUUUCAUGGCUUUAGUGACCAGUACCAGGGCUCAUGCAAAAAUCAUAUCAAUUGAUUCAUCUGAGGUCUUUACCCUACCUGGUGUGGUUGAUGUUAUUACAGCUGAAGACAUUCCAGGCACCAAUGGUGAUGACGAUGACAAAUUACUGGCUGUAGAUGAGGUGCACUGUGUGGGCCAGGUCAUCUGUGCCGUGGUUGCAGAGACUGAUGUUCAGGCAAAACGAGCAACUGAAAAGAUAAAAAUCACCUAUGAGGAUCUGAAACCUGUGAUUUUCACCAUCAAGGAUGCAAUAAAACACAAUUCAUUCCUGUGCCCUGAAAAGAAGCUUGAACAAGGAAACAUCGAGGAGGCAUUUGAAAACGUGGAUCAGGUGGUUGAAGGAGAGGUCCACGUUGGAGGGCAAGAACAUUUCUACAUGGAAACACAGAGAGUGCUCGUUAUUCCAAAGACAGAAGACAAAGAACUGGACAUGUAUGUGUCCACACAGGAUCCAGCCCAUGUGCAGAAAACAGUGUCCUCUACCUUAAACAUCCCCAGCAACAAGAUCACCUGCCAUGUGAAACGAGUGGGCGGAGGUUUUGGAGGAAAGGUGGGGCGACCAGCUGUGUUCGGAGCAAUUGCUGCAGUGGGGGCUGUCAAAACUGGCCAUCCCGUUCGUCUUGUUCUGGAUCGAGAAGAUGAUAUGUUAAUAACUGGGGGAAGGCAUCCAUUAUUUGGAAAAUAUAAAGUGGGAUUCAUGAACAGUGGACGAAUCAAAGCCCUAGACAUUGAGUGCUACAUCAAUGGAGGAUGCACACUGGAUGACUCGGAGCUGGUAACAGAAUUUCUUAUACUAAAGCUGGAAAAUGCAUAUAAAAUCCGAAACCUCAGAUUCCGAGGCCGGGCAUGCAUGACAAACUUACCAUCCAAUACAGCCUUUCGUGGGUUUGGCUUCCCACAGGGAACCCUGGUAACAGAAUCUUGUAUCACAGCUGUGGCAGCCAAAUGUGGGCUCCCACCAGAAAAGAUUAGGGAGAAAAACAUGUACAAAACAGUUGAUAAAACCAUCUACAAACAAGCUUUCAGCCCAGAACCCCUGAUAAGGUGCUGGACUGAGUGUCUGGACAAGUCUUCCUUUCACAUCAGAAGGACACAAGUAGAAGAGUUCAAUCGGAAGAACUACUGGAAGAAGAGGGGCAUUGCUAUAAUCCCCAUGAAGUUUUCAGUCGGCUUUGCUGCAACAAGCUAUCACCAGGCAGCUGCACUCGUUCACAUCUACACUGAUGGGUCUGUGUUGGUUGCACAUGGAGGCAAUGAACUGGGACAAGGCAUUCACACCAAAAUGUUACAGGUGGCCAGCCGUGAAUUAAAAGUGCCCAUGUCUCACAUGCAUAUCUGUGAAACAAGCACGGCUACCGUGCCCAAUACAAUUGCUACGGCAGCGUCCAUUGGCGCGGAUGUCAACGGCAGAGCUGUGCAGAAUGCCUGUGAGAUCCUUCUGAAACGUCUUGAGCCUGUCAUUAAGAAAAAUCCAGAAGGUACAUGGAGAGACUGGAUAGAAACAGCAUUUGAACAAAGAAUCAGCCUUUCAGCCACUGGAUACUUCAGGGGCUACAAGGCCUUCAUGGACUGGGAGAAGCAGGAUGGAGAGCCAUUCCCAUACUAUGUCUAUGGAGCUGCAUGUUCGGAGGUUGAAAUUGACUGCCUGACAGGCGCUCACAAGAAAAUCAGAACAGACAUUGUCAUGGAUGCAUGUUGCAGCCUGAAUCCAGCCAUUGAUGUUGGGCAGAUAGAAGGUGCAUUUAUUCAAGGAAUGGGCCUUUAUACCACUGAAGAGCUGCACUAUUCUCCAGAAGGGGUCUUGUACUCUCGGAGCCCAGAUGAAUACAAAAUUCCGACUGUCACUGAUGUCCCUGAGCAGUUCAACGUGUCCUUGUUGCCAUCAUCUCAGACCCCACUAACCAUCUACUCGUCUAAGGGCCUUGGGGAGUCUGGGAUGUUCCUGGGGUCAUCUGUGUUUUUUGCCAUUGCUGAUGCGGUAGCUGCAGCACGAAGAGAAAGAGACGUGGCUGAGGACUUCACCGUACAGAGCCCAGCGACACCAGAGCGCGUGCGCAUGGCCUGUGCAGAUCGGUUCACAGACAUGAUCCCAAGAGAUGACCCAAAGACAUUUAAACCUUGGUCUAUACCUAUAGCUUAAGCUGCUGUCAUCUCCUAAGAGAUAGAUAUUUCAGUACUCAAGUGAAAAGAUGGCUUAAUCCUACCUGGACUCCAGACUGAUACUCCUUUACUAUUAGACGGAAGAGCUGAGUGAUCCGUGUCACAAAGUUUAGAAACACUGUUCAAAUCUAACUACAGUAACAAGAUGAAUCAUUCUUACAAACCUGUUUACUUAGUGUCCUCAGCCUAGAGGCCACCAGGCAAGCACUGUGAUGCUUGAAGCAUGUUUAAUGCUGAGAAAAUGUUGCUGCAGAAGGAACACAAAGGAGACCUGGUGUGCAGCAGCUAUCUUUACCUGAAAGACCCUCCUGGCAGAUAAACAUGUGAUGACUUUGCCCAGUGAUGCAUUGAUACAGGAGCCACUGAGCCCCGGCAGGGCAGUUUCUACAAGUUUUUACCAGGGAUAGAUAGACUGUGGGUCUGUGUAUGUGCCUUUAACAGAAAAGAGGUGGUGUUUCCCGUGUAUCUGAUAACUGUACAGCAGGUGAUUGUUCCCUUUGGAAUCUGGGGGGCGGGAGGGGACACAAUAUUCAGAAUUCUGAAUGAAUAUCACAAAAUGUUCUGCUUUUAUUUCUGUGGGGUUUUGUGGAGGGUAUUUGUUUUAGUCUUUGUUUUACUUUUUAUGGAAAACAUCUGAUCUGACAUCAUAGCUUCAGAAAUACUGAAUGACUUGGUUUCCCAUACAUUGAAAUAGGUAACAGAGUAGAUGAAUCAUAAAUUGUAAUCAACCUUGACCUUGGGUGUAAGAUAUUUAGUAGUUAAAAUAUAGGUCAGUGAUGGAGGAUUUGCCAGUAUGCCCUACUUCAAUCCUGAAUUUGAUCCCCAGCACAACAAAAAUAAAACUAAAAAUAAUAAAUGAUAAAACAUGCAGGGUCCAUGGAAGUCCAAUCUGGGUCUUAAGAGCUCUCAAAGGAGGAGAAACCAGCACAUAAAUUGGGCCUAUUGAGUAGAAAGUGGAGGAGAACGCUAACAGUCAGAGUUCAUAUGUUCUAGUGGGCAGAGAAGGUGAGGCUGAGCUGAGAGCAAGGGGGGACUGUGAAUGAUGAUGCAUGAUGGGAAGCACAGGGGAGGCUCCUGUCACUCAAGGCCACAGACACAUUGGCUUGCAGGGACUAGGACACAGCUGUCCACAGGGCCAUCUGCUGACUUUAGAGGUUCCCAGGCCACAGGACUCCAAUGGAGAAAGCAAGCACAAGUCCAGAAGAGACUGUGGCACAGAAGGUCAGAGGCAGGACAAGCUAAAGCUGAGGCGCAAGUACAUGAGGGGGAGUGUGAGCUUUAGGGAGGUGGCUGAGGUAAAAAUUUGAAAUUAAUAAAACAAAUCUAAGCUCUUCUGAAAACAAAUUCCUUGGCUUAAAAUCGAAUGAAAAUGUCAGAAAUUUGCUUUAUUGUUUGUAUUGUUUUAAAUGGUUAUCCAUAUAGUGGCUUAUUUUGUUUUUUAAUUUGGUUUCUUGGUGAUAAGGGUGGUUACUGGAAAAAUAUUUUCUUGUCAUGGGUGAGUACUUCUAAAUACUAAAAUGAGUAGCGUCUUUUGCAUACAAAUUACUUCUGGAAGUUGAUGUACUAGAAUCUGGAGAGUAUAAAUCUUAAUAAAGUACU